AUGAAGUUUAUCUGUCGAUUACUGAUCUGGAGUAUUUUCAUCAAAUUAUAUGUUUGUCAGCAAAGUUCAGUGCAAAUUCAAAAAAUUGAAGCAGAUCCGCCGAAUCCAAACGUGGGUGAAGGAUUGAAAAUUCGUUGUUUUCUAAUCAAUGUCGAUCCAUUUGCACAAUAUCCAACACAAGUCUUAUGGAGCAUUCGACGAUUCAGUCAAGAUCGCGAUUUUCGUAUAUUGGCAUAUGGUGGUUCCGUUCGUGAUACAUUAAGUGGUCGUGUCAGUGCACGAAAAGAAUCCGAAGAAGUUUAUGAAAUUGUUUUCCGUCCUGUACAAGAAUCUGAUUCAGGUGUCGUGCGUUGUGAAUUAGCCAACACAGAAGCUCAAGUACGUCUUGAACAAAUUAUCAAUGUACUCGUGCCACCGUCGAUAACUUACAUAACUGCUGACGUACAAGUCCGGGCGGGUGAUCCAGUUACGCUCGAAUGUCGAGCACAAGGAAAUCCACCGCCAUUACUCAUGUGGAUUCGACAAGGACAGGAGUACCCAACAUCAUAUAGUGGAGUUUAUACGAUUGAUAGUGUUAGUCGAGAUGAUCGAGGUUUGUACAAAUGUGUUGCUGAACAACAAACUGGACAGAAACAAUCAGCAGAGAAUUAUGUGAAUAUCUUCGUCGAUUUUGAUCCGACUGUCAUCUGCGAUCAGAUCAUUGUCGAACAGGUACCAAACAUCAAUGCCGACGCUGAAAUUACAUGUUUAGCUGAAGCAUAUCCAAUGAGUGUAUUAAAAUGGGAAUUCUCUCAAGGAAAUACGAAUGUUCGUCGUGCAAUUUCAAGUGGUGCAAAAUAUCGCAUUGACACGAAUGUCGCAGCCGAUUCGAUCGACAGUCGAUAUGGAAGUCGAUUGAUUAUAAAAAAUGUUGAACCAAACGAUUUUGGUAAAUACACUUUGAUCGUUAUGGAUGAAAGUAAACGUCAAGCAAGUGCUUGGACUGAAUUACGACCUGGCUCAUAUAUUCGACCAUUCAAUCAAUCAAUCAAUCAUUUUCCGUCAUUAGUUCUGAUAUUUUUAUGUCUGAUCGUUUAUACGCUUUUUCAAUGA